UGGCGACAAAGUGCCCAUGGUCGAUGAUAAACCAAGGUUAAAUUACGUAAUGGCAUUUUUGUCGGAAAUAUUGAGGUUCAGAAAUGCCCUCCCAAUAGGCGUUUUCCAUAAAACUAUGGUAGAUUGUAAACUAGGCAAGCAUAACAUACCGGAAAACACACGUGUAGUGUUACACCAAUACUGUAUAUUAAUGGACCAGGCUCACUGGGAUAAGCCGGAUAAGUUUAUACCUGAACGAUGGUUUGACAACGAGGGUCAAUUUUUAUCCAACAAACCCGCGGCUUAUAUACCAUUUAGUUACGGUCGCCGUAUAUGCCCUGGUGAAAUGUUGGCUAUAAAUGACCUAUUUUUGGCCCUGAGAUAG